AUGGCUGUCACCAACGCAAUCCAAUCCGAGAACAAGCCUACUCAUCCUGGCUACUUCCGUAUCGUCCGUCAAGGCACACCCGAGCAAUAUUGCUCCAAGUUGAUUGCCGAGCGCGAUUUCCCCAAGGGAUCCGUCGUUGCUGAACUCAAGGGCUUGACGCCUGGUCCGAAGCGGUAUUCCUCCGUCCAGAUCUCAAAGACCGAGCAUAUCGAGCUCAACAGCGAUCUGGUCUUCAUGAACCAUUCGUGUGAUCCCUCGACGCACAUGGAUACCGAUACCAUGGCUGUCUGUGCUUUGAAGGAACUCAAGGCUGGCGAUGAACUGACCUUCUUCUACCCCUCGACCGAGUGGGAUAUGGCACAACCUUUUGAUUGCUGGUGUGGUGCCUCACAGUGCGUGAAGCGCGUAACGGGCGCCAAGCACCUGCCCACCGAGACCUUGAGCAAGUUCAUUCUUGUCAACCAUAUCAAGGAGCUCAUCGCUGAGCGCGAUCAAGCAUAA